CAGCAGCACCGCCCAUCCAGCUCCAUGUCCGCCUGUUCCCUCCUUAUUCUGCUCAGACAGGCGGGCUAAGAGCGGGAGCGCAUAAUAACACGAUAAGGCUCUACGUGAAGACAAACUAAGUGGCGAUGGCAUGAGCUGUUCUGGGAAUCACCUACAAGCCUUCAUUUUCAGGCUCGGGUCGCCGGAAACUUGAAAAGAAAAAAGCUACAGCGUCGGAGGGAAGUCAUCUAACUCAAAACAGAGGGGCAUCUCUUCGGAGCCCUCUGUGGUGAAAACACUCCCCUUACAUAUCUGUCCAUCACCGUGCUUAGGAGUCCCUGACAGGGGCUCAAGACAGGCGGGAAGUUUUGUAGGAAAAGAGCCCGCGCCCAGAGACAGAGGGAGAGCUUUGGUGGGGAGAAGAGGAUGGACGCCCUGAUCCCUAUGCUGAAGAGUUACCCAGGCGCGACAGUGCUGGUAUUCGCUCUACUUUUCAGGGUGAUCCACCGGUUGCUUCAAAGGAUCCCAGUGCCCAAGUUGGUGAAGCAGAAUGAACACAGCACCUGGAAGUGGAAGAACCUCUCUGUCUCCAUAGUGCACUCCCUGCUGACUGGAACAUGGGCCCUGACCUGUGUGUUGGUCUGGCCGGAGACGUUGCGCAACCUCCACUCUUACCACACCCCCCUGUCCUACCUGCUCGUCUGCGUCUCAACAGGAUACUUUGUGAACGAUGCUGCUGAUAUUAUCCUGACAGGAAACGGAAGAGGAUCAUGGGAAUUCCUAAUCCACCAUGUACUAGUGAUCUCCAGCUUCACGUACACGCUCUACACACAGCUGUAUGUAGCCGGAGCUGUGGUCGCUCUCUUCGUAGAGGUCAACAGUGUGACCCUGCACCUGAGGCUGCUGCUGAAGCUGGCGGGGGCUCAGUCCUCCUCCCUGUACUACUACAACAAAUUAGCCAACCUCUUCACCUUCGUCACGUUUCGUCUGAGCACCCAGUUCUACCUCACCUGGUACCUUGUCACCAACUACUCCUGGCUGGACAACGCCACAUACUUUCUUAUCGCUAUGAUUGUGAUGAACGUCAUGAUCCUGAUUUAUUUCUACCGCCUGCUCCGCGCUGACUUCUUCUCCUCGAGGAAGAGCUCUGUGGUGCAGAACGGGACGCACAACAACUCCAGGAAGUUCCUCACUGAUUGAUCACCAGGUUUACAGAACUAUAUUAUGAUUUUUGUUUGGGGUGGGAGUUUACACAUUUUGUCUUUCUCAAGCUUUAUGUGACACCGUCUUAUGACAGCAGGUCCACUUGUUCUUGCUGCCAAAGAACAAACCUCCAAAACAAAGCUUGGUGGCACCAGGUGGCAGUCAAGUGCUGCCUUUAAGAGAUGUUUGAAAAGCAGGAAAUGUGUCUUUUCAUGGGGAAGAAUACCAAAAAAUACUGCUCUAAUUAAAGUCUUAAAUUCAGAAGACAUAUUAAUCCUCUUAGAUGUUACCAUUUAUAGCAUAUUUACAAUUUAUUAUCAGGUUGUGUCCUUUAAAAAUGCCUCAUUAAGAGGCUAUAUACUUUUUUGGAAGAUUGAUACGGUUUUAUAUGUUUGUGGAAUAAAAAGGAAGCUACAUUAGGCUAGUUAGCUUAGUGUAGCAUUAAUCUUAUGAAACAGAUCACACAGCUAGCCUAUAUUUGUCCAAUGAUCAGAAAAAAUAUCCUUUGAACACUUUGUUCAAAUUGAACCAAUUCUACAUGUCAUACUAAUCAGAAAGCUGCAGCCAUGCUGGAAGGAAAAGCUGAAUGCUAAAAAAAAAAGAAAAACUAGCUUUAUCGUUAGGAUACAAGAAUGAUUUCAAACAUCUCAAAUCUUGCAAAAAGCAAAUAAUGUCCAACUACUCUAUUAGUGCAUACAAACCUGUGUGAUUAAUAGUUCAACAAACACAUUUAAAAUAUGAGAUAACAUAUAGCAGUUGCUAACAGCUAAGUACCUCGCUACAUGUUGCCAUAUCUUAAUAUUUACAUGGGGAGCAGUGUUUUUAUGUUAACCCCUACCUCUCUCCCUCCCUUUCUCCCUGAGUGUGCGAACGUCUUGACAGCAGCAUCUUCUGACAUUGGACUUUGAAUUUGAAUGUGUUCAUUUUCAUGUUCGCUCUCUUGGUCUGUAUGAUGCCUUUGAUGGCUGAGAAGGUAUUGAGCUUUCACAAAAUGUUGCAUAGAAGUCGUCAUGGACCAAUUUGACUGUUAAAAUAGCCGAGACUGCAGAACAAUAAUGCUCCUCUAAUGGCCUGUUAUCUGUUUUUGACACAAGUAGGGCUGAAGCUGGUUCUUCCUGCCAUCUGAUCAUUGAACUCAUGAGGAGCAGGCAGCAGCACAAUCAGUACUGAUACUGCUUUCAUGUAGACUAUUAGUCAAACAACAUGGACCUUUUAUGCUUGUUUUUGAAUGAUUAAUACCUUAACACAAUAGUUGUUUUUUGAUAUAUUGAAUGAUGGCCUUCUAAAUACGAUAGUUUCUUCCUCUUUCCCCAACAGUGGACAUGGAUUUGUCCUCAAGUGUGAAUCCUUUUUUUUUAUAGCCUACAUAUAUUUCACUUUGUUAUACAAAUAAACACCAUUAUUGGACUUAAAAUUUCCCAAUCAUGACAGAAAUUUUAAGUGCGGACAGUUUCAUUUGAAAACCCAAUGAUCUCAUUUUCAGUCAACGCCAAGAAAGUUAGAGCGACAUGGACGGAGUUUAGAUGUGUCUGUUUCGUCAUUCAGUGCCUUAACCGCAGUGCCUUUAAAAAACAUCAGCAAAACAGGGAUAACGAUAAUGAUUAAAUGUUUUAUUAUUCAGGAUGAUAGAUGUAUGAUUUAAUGAAAGCCAAGCCACAUAGAAAGAAUACUGCUGCACAAUUUUUACCACAAUGAUGUAAAACAUGUCAAAGUUAUGACUGAUGUUUUUGUAGCCCUAAUGUUUGUGGCUGGUUAUUGAUACCAUGAAAUAAAAUUUGUAUUUAAAAUA